AUGUCUCAGAGCGUACAGGACCCCGCGCAACUCGGCGAGGAAGACAUGUGCGAGGGUUUCGGCCCCCUGCCCGUAUCCAAGCUAGAGGACUUUGGCAUCUCGAGCUCCGACUGCAAGAAGCUCGCCGAAGCCGGAUACAACACUGUCGAGAGCAUCGCUUUCACGCCCAAGAAGAACCUCCUCCUCGUCAAGGGCAUCUCAGAGGCAAAGGCAGACAAGAUCUUGGCCGAAGCUGCCAAGUUGGUGCCGAUGGGCUUUACCACGGCCACCGAGUUCCACGCGCGCAGGAACGAGCUCAUCUCGAUCACGACGGGCUCCAAGAACCUCGAUGCUAUCCUCGGCGGUGGCAUGGAGACAGGAAGCAUCACCGAGCUUUACGGCGAGUUCAGGACGGGAAAGAGUCAGCUCUGCCACACGCUGGCGGUCACCUGCCAGCUUCCCGUCGACAUGGGCGGAGGCGAGGGCAAGUGCCUGUAUAUCGACACGGAAGGUACCUUCCGUCCCACUCGUCUGCUCGCCGUUGCAGAGCGUUACGGGCUCAACGGCGAAGAGGUGCUCGACAACGUGGCGUAUGCGCGUGCCUACAAUGCCGACCAUCAGCUGCAGCUGCUCAUGCAGGCGUCGGCGAUGAUGGCCGAAUCGCGCUUCUCGCUGCUCAUCGUCGACUCGCUCACGUCGCUCUACCGCACCGACUUUUCCGGUCGAGGCGAGCUCUCGGCGCGACAGAUGCACCUCGCCAAGUUCCUGCGAGGCCUGAUGCGUCUGGCGGACGAGUUUGGUGUGGCGGUCGUGAUCACCAACCAGGUCGUGGCGCAGGUGGACGGAGCCACCGCGUUCACGGCGGAUGCCAAGAAGCCCAUUGGAGGUAACAUUGUGGCGCACGCCUCGACGACGCGACUCUCGCUGCGAAAGGGACGCGGCAACCAGCGUAUCUGCCGCGUGGCUGAUUCGCCCUGCCUGCCCGAAGCUGAUGCUGUGUUUGCCAUCGGCGCCGAGGGCAUCAUUGACCCGACCGAUUGA